GCCGCCGCGCCUUCCUUUUCCUGGCCAGCCGCCGGCCGCGGGUCCUUCUUCCCUCAGGAGGCGUGGGGGAAAGCGCAAGAGGAUGCGCUGCGGUUCCCACAAGCCCCCACCUACGUGGCCAGUCCAAAACAUCUGGAGGACAUAGGUUGCCGGUUCCUGAUCUACGCUGACUUGCAGCGAGUCUCCAGGGCUUCAGAGGCUGUGAGUGGGAAUGAUUUUCUCCAGCUGCGCCUAUUUAUUCUUCUAGGCAGUAGUCAAGAAAAAAAGCACAAUGGAAUUCUACGAGUCCCCCUACUUCCUCGUCCUUGUCCCCUCUGUCGUGAUUGCUGUUAUCUUCCUUUUCUUCUGGCUUUUCAUGAAGGAAACGCUCUAUGAUGAGGCCCUUGCAAAACAAAAAAGGGACCAAAAGUUUCCACCUGUCAAGACUGAUAAAAAGAAAGCAGAGAAGAAGAAGAGCAAAAAGAAAGAGGCCCAGAAUGGAAACCUGCAUGAAUCUGACUCGGAGAGCGCCCCCCGAGACUUCAAGCUGUCUGAUGCUUUGGGGGCAGAGGAGGAACACAUGCUUCCCGUCCUGAUGGGCAUGACAGAGGCUCCAAGCAGCCUCCGAGAACGCAAGAAGAAGGAGAAGAAGCACAAAGGCAGUCCAGAGGAGCACGUGCCAAGGGAGUUAGACGCAUCCAGGCCCGCAGGGAAGAAAGUGGAACCUGUGCCUGUUACGAAGCAGCCCACCCCACCAUCGGAUGCAGCUGGGUCCAGAAAGAAGGCUGGGCUGAAAAAGCAGAAAAACGGAACAGAUGACCAUGAUGUCAAGAGUGAUUCAUUUGUAACCCCAACCAAAAAGCAAGACCCUAUCCUGUUGCAUCAUGAGAUAAAACAAGAAAGCGGAUCAGGGAAGAAGAAAGUAUCAGCAAAGAAACAAAAGACAGAUAAUGUUGCACCGUUGGUGGACGAGCCAUUGAUUCAUGCGACAACCUAUAUCCCACUGAUGGAUAACACUGAGCAGAACCUGGCGAUGGAAAAGAAAGACGUAGCUGACCUGGGGAAACAAGAUGGGAAUGAAGGGAUACUGAAAACUAAUGUGAAGAAACUGAAGAAUGAAACCGAUAAAGAAAACGCAGAGGUGAAAUUUAAAGACUUUCUGUUGACUAUGAAGACCAUGAUCUUGACAGAAGAGGAGGCCCUGAGCAUGGUGGAGCUGCUGAAAGAGAAAUCCAGUGUGAUGCAGGACAUUCUGCAGAAGGCCAGUAAGGGAGAUUCGGCAACUGCUCUGCACCAGCUGCAAGAAAAAGACAAGCUACUUGUGGCAAUGAAGGAGGAAGCUGCCCUUGCAAGGGAACAGUGUAAACAGCUCUCACAGGAGCUGGUUUCAGAGAAAGAAAGAAGCAACUUGGUCGCGACAAAGAUGAGAGAGCGAAUCGGCACGCUAGAAAAGGAGCAUGGGGUUUUUCAAAACAAAAUCCACGUGGGUUUCCAAGAAACCCAACAGAUGAAGAUGAAGUUCCAGCAACUUCGUGAGCAGAUGGAGGCAGAGAUCAGUCGCCUGAAGCAGGAGAAUGCUAUCCUGAGAGAUGCUGUUAGCACUUCCACCAACCAAAUGGAAAGCAAACAGUCGUCGGAGCUCAACAAACUGCGCCAGGACUGUGCUAGGCUUGUGAAUGAGCUGACAGAGAAGAGCAGCAAACUCCAGCAGGAGGAGCUUCUCAAGAAGAAUGCAGAGCAAGCAGCCAGUCAGCUGAAGGCACAACAGCAAGAAGCUGAGCGAAGAUGGGAGGAAAUGCAGAGCUAUCUCAGGAAACGGACAGCAGAGCAUGAUGCAGCCCAGCAAGAUGUGCAGAACAAACUUGCAGCCAAGGACAGCGAAAUCCAGAGCCUGCACAGCAAACUCACGGAUACGAUGGUCUCAAAACAGCAGCUGGAACAGAGGAUGAUGCAGUUAAUGGAAGCGGAUCAAAAAAGGGCCACAGCUGAGGACACGAUCCAGAGGCAGGUGCAGGAGCUGAUGGAACAGAAUGACGCUCUAAAAGCUCAGCUCCAGAAAUACCAUUCACAGAUGGCGGUCCAGAGCUCAGCAUCAGCCCUUGCAGAAGAAUUGCACAAAGUAAUUGCAGAAAAAGAUAAACAGAUAAACCAAGCUGAGGAGUCCUUGGCCAAUGAACGCCUUAAGCUAACGAGCAAGGAAGAGGAUUUCAUGGUGGUGCAGAACAUUAACAUGUCCCUGAAAGCAGAAGUGCAGAAGUUGCAGGCGCUGAUGAGCGAGCAGGCUGCAGCUGCACAUGAACUAGAGCGGAUGCAGAAAAGCACUCAUGUCAAAGAGGACAAAAUCAGAGCUUUGGAGGAGGAGCUGCAGGGACAACACGCCAACGCUUCAAAUGCAAAGGAGGAACUUCAGAUCCUAAAGGAGCUGAACCAGACUUUGCAGUUGGAGAUUCAGAAGCUGCAGGCUGCCUUAUCCGAGCAGGCUAAUAAGGAAUUAUUGGAGCAGUUGGAAAGAAGUAUUACGGAAAAGGACGACAAGAUAAAGACGGUGGAAGAACUCCUCGAGGCUGGACUCAUAGAAAUGGCCAAUAAGGAGGAGGAGCUAAAGGGACUGAGAACAGAGAACAUGUCCUUGAAAAGUGAAGUGGAAAAGCUGCAGAGAGUUCAAACGGAACAGGAUUCCUUCGCAUCCUCGGUGGAAGAUUUACAGAAAUUGAUCAGCGAAAAGGAUGGAAAAAUCAAGUCUGUGGAAGAGCUGCUCCAGGCUGAAGUCCUUAAAGUUGCUACCAAGGAAAAAGCUGUCAUGGCUUUGACACAGGAAAUAGAGGCUCUGAAAGAAGAAGUAGGAAAGGCCCACCUUGAGAAGGACGCACAGAUAUCCAUUGCCCAGGAAGUCAAAGAUCUUCAGAAUCUAGUAAAGGGGAAAGAGGAGCAGGUGAGAAGUCUGGAGGUGCUGCUGAAGGAAAAGGAGAGCGAGAUUGUGAAGAAAGCAGAAUGUCUUCAGGGUCAACAGGAGACGCUCCAGCGCUUGAACGACAGAGUCAAGGAGUUUGAGCAGCUGAAAUCUCAGCAGGCUUCUGUUGCUUCAUCGUUCCAAGAUCUCGAGGCCUUGCUGCAGGGGAAGCAAGAAGAUGUGCAGAGGAUGGAGACCUUAUUAGAGGAGAGAGCGAAAGAAAUCACUCACCAAAGAAAAGAGCUGCAGGCCGUGCAGGAGGAGAAUCGGUUACUGAGAGCACAGAUCCAGGAAAUACAGCAGGACAAGGGCGAACAGGAAUCGCUGGCCUUCAAGAACGAGCAACUCCUACAGCUCAUUACUGGGAAGGAGCAAGAGAUCACCAGCCUCCAAAAGGAGCUGGGCUCCUUGAAACACGCAGUGGAGCAGCAGAGGCAGAAGAACAACGACCUUCGGGAGAAAAACUGGAAAGCAAUGGAAGCAUUGGCCUCAACUGAAAAAUUGCUACAGGACAAAGUGAACAAGACAGCCAAGGAGAGGCAGCAGUCCGUGGAGGUUGCGGAGGCGGAGAUGAGAGGAGUCUUGCAGAAAUUGUUCCCAGUCGUGUCUCUUCCUUCAAGCUUGAACCACAGUGAGUGGAUGCGUGGGUUUGAAAAGGCAAUGAGGGAGCAUACGAAAGAAGUCUCUCGACUGGGGGAAGUUAAGGCCAUGGAGCAGAAGUUGAAGGAGGCAGACGAGUUGCAUAUCAUGUUGCAGCAGGAGUGCGAGAAGUACAAAGUGGUCCUUGCAGAGACGGAGGGAAUCUUACAGCGGCUACAGAGGAGUGUGGAAGAGGAAGAGAGCAAAUGGAAAAUAAAAAUCGAAGAACUGCAGAGAGAACUCCAACAGAUGCGCUCAACAGUCACUCCUUUGGAACAGGAAAUAGAAAGAUUAAAGGAAGAAAUCAAGGAAGUUGAUGCUCUUAAAAAGGAGCGAGAGCACUUGGAACGUGAGCUGGAGAAAGCAGAAAUCGAGCGAUCAACAUACGUUUCAGAAGUCCGAGAGCUCAAAGAUCUCUUGACUGAAUUGCAGAAAAAACUUGAUGAUUCAUAUUCUGAAGCAGUAAGGCAGAACGAAGAGUUAAAUUUGUUGAAAACCCAGUUGAACGAGACGCUAUCCAAACUCAAAAGCGAUCAAAUGGAGCGGAAGAAUCUGGCCAGUUGCUUGCCGAAGGCCCAGGAAUCGCUGGUGACUCUAGAAAGGGAAAUAAGCAAAGCGACCGGGGUCACGAACGUGAUAGAGAACAGUGACGUCUCUUCGCAGACGGCAGAGCCCGAUAAAGGCCUCCAUGUCGCCGUGAGUCUGAGCCAGGAGGUCGCCCACCUCAAGGAGCUGCUUGCAUCAGUCAACCAAAUGCUCGCGAAGGGAAAAGAGCACUACCAGUUACUAGAAUGAAAUCAUGGGGAGAUCGUUUAUUUGGGGGUAGCAGAAGGCACUGUAUUUUAUAUUUUGCCAAAUGAAAGCCUUAUUUAUGUGUUCGCCCUUUCUACUUCGCCACACACUGAACAGAGUUUUGUCUUUCCUACUCCUUGUUAGACUACUGAUUUAAACAAGAUGAUGAAGAAGAAGACUCUGCAGACACCUCCAGAGUUCUAGUUUUAUAAUAAAUAAUUAAAAAAACCAGUUUGGAUAAUUAGAGCUUUACAUUCCUGGAGCUACAGUAAACGUGUAACCUUUUAUCUUUGCUAUGCUCAGUGAAACUUGUUCAGACACACACACCUGACCUGGUAACAGCAGCAGCGAACAAUAACAUUUUAAUACUGACGGUCUGUGCUGUUUUACUUAGGAACAUUUGGGGGAGUUACAGCCUCUGAUUUCCACCUUCAAGUAAACACUCCUCCUCCUCCUCCUCCUCUCUCCCCCCCUUUUUUGGUUGCUAUUGUAAUCAGUUUUUGUACUGGUGUCGGCAAAUAAAGGGAUGCUUAUCACUCAAA